AUGAGUGUUUGUGCUUUGUCAAGUGUAAUCAGCACGGCGAUAAGGGCUCCCCUUGCAGCUGUGGGCGAAGAUAGGCAGCCCCAUAAAGCUGGGUCACCAACGGGGCACCGGGGUGAAAAGAUCACAGAUUAUGCCCAGAAUGACGCUGUCCAUCGUCUGCUGGAG